AUGACCACAAUAACGAUCCACGAAUUACUACAGUCUACAAAAAGUUGUAGCUCUAUCACCACAGAAGCAACUCUGACGGGAGAAUUGUCUCUUACAACAGAAUUCGGGGAAGAUACCAAGCAAGGCACCAUUCGUCUCAUUGACAGAAAUACCAGAGAAUCAAUUGCAUGUCUCAUGGAUCGCUUCUCUCCUGACUUCCAUGCAAGUUUAGUAUCGAUCGAGCAAUGGAAUUUCAUUCAAGACGGCUGCUUAUUUCUCGAGUUUAGAGCCGACGACACUUACCGAGACGGAUCCGAUCUUUCCAUUAUUCGCGAACACAUUGUUAGAGAGAGUGAACUGUUCCGUACGACUUUCAAGGCAAAAGUGUACCACACGCCUCAUGAACAGCUUCCUCCCAAUGCCACUAAUCUUGUUGGGAAAGUAAAGGCCAUUACAGGUCUUCGUAUUCGUCGAUAUACACCUGCCACUUUCCUUGUGGAGCUGAUUGACAAAGAAGAUAAUGAAUCCAUUUUUAUCAGUUUUUCUGGGGAGGAAUUCAUUGCUUACCGCUCCCACUUUCAGAUUAACAGCACUUACGCGUUUCAAGGACUAGAGAGGGCAAACAAUCAACAGUAUCAGUAUUCAUUUACCUCUGCGACAAAAUGCUGUGUAAUUACAUCUUCACAGUACCUGAAUGAAAUCACAAAAGUGCCACAUGUAUAUCAGCCCAAUGUGAAUGUAUCGCAAUCAGUAACAUAUGGAGGCCAGGUCACUCGAGUGAUCGACUCUUUAUUCGGAAUAUAUGAAAUAGAUAACCUAUUUAUCCUCAGUCUUUUUAAUUGUCCAAGCUAUGAGCUAAAUAUGCCUUACCGAGUAAACACCAGAAUAGUUGUCCACAAUAUUCACGGAGCAUGGAUUCAUUCCGGUAAAGAGAAUAGCAAUUUGUUGAAAGCCUGGAACAAGGCCAGUCCUUGCGCUGUAAUGGGAUCGUGCAGCAAAACACAUGUUGAUAUCAUUGAAUUCUCCAAUGAUUUAAAUGUGACAUGUGAAAACAUGGAAGUUAUGACAAACCAUGUUGAAUUAUACAUUGAAUGCGUUAUGAAUUUCGCAUCAUUCGCGGAACAUAUUCGACAAUUGGAACUAUACGAAAGUUUGAACAAUCGAUUUAAUGUAGACUGGACCCCAAAGGAUUUUAUGGCAAUGUUUAAAGCCAUCAUGAAAUAUGUUCUUGAUGAUACAAAACGUGAAUCUGAACGUUGUGUUGAUGACUUUACUGAUUUUACCACUCAUCAAGUCGAUUGUUCUAAGACGAAAUCGGAUCAGUCAGAAAAUAUUUACUUAGAUAGCUACUUGACGCUUGCAAGUUUAAAGGCGAAUUUGAUUGCACAGCUUCAACCUUAUGAAUCCAAUAUUUAUGGUGGCAGCAAUAUCCGUGUACCUGAUGACGUUUCUAUUCAGUCGUCACUUUACAAACAAGACAAGUCAUAUGUCGUGGGUCUUGUAGCGAUGAAAAACGAUGGUAGGGUGAUGCUAAGCGAGCAAGACACAGAGAUCGAACUGAUGACCUCAGCACAGCUCGUAUUUGGUGGUGUUUAUAUUAUAAAAGAAGCAAGGAUGUUUGAAGAAGAUCUUUCUUACAAUCAUGCCUAUGAAAGCGAAAGAGAAGUUAUCAAGCACACGUAUAUCACAUGCGAUGCGCGAAACAUGUACCUGGUACGACGACCGUUGACACCCAAGUUUCAUAUGGAAGGACAAUUUGACCCAUAUAAAACUGCCGGAUUUACCUGCACGAAUCAAGACGUUCAAAAUUAUUCUGUGAUACGUAUUUUGGAAAAGUAUCCGAUUCAAACCACUUUUUAUAGCACUCUGGACAAUCCAACCCCAAUUGUAUGCAUGGAAUCGCGUAUAUUUGUAGAGAUUUAUCCGAUUGGUGCACAAUCCGAUUUGAGAAAAGCAAUUCUGGUAACCAGCAGCCGUACCAACACUUUAGACUAUAACAAAAUCUGCCAACCGGACGAUUGGUGUAUUAUUUCAGGCAUGUACGAAGGACAAAGCCAUACCAUAUAUUUGAACAAGGAAACGAAUCAUAUGUUUCAAAUUAACUUGCAGCCUACUACAACACAAUCCUCAACACCUAUUACACCUGUCAUAGUCUCGAAUAGCAGACCCAAUGAUACGACACGACAAAUUCUCAGUGUCUCCCAAUUGACCAGAGAAGCUUUAGCACUAGACGAAACCUACUUGAAUCGAUCAUACCUUUUUUACGAUCGGCCUGUUCAUGUACGUGGUGUGGUGAUUAGUAAAAAAAUCAUGAGUGGAUGGGGAAAAACAGGUCCUUUAGAAGAACAAGCAAGAGAUCUGUAUGACCAGCUCGGUGUUGGUACUGGUACAUUUGAUCGAAUAAUACAAGUACAGUUAAGACAAGAGGAUACACCAGAAUUUAUUACGAUUUAUAUACCUUCUACGAAAAUCCACUAUCCCGUUGGUCUUGUACCUGGAGCCGUAGUCACCUUUAGAAAUUUGUUAAGAAGAUCCAAUAAGAAUGAUAGCGGUGUUAUCUGUACCACGUCGGAAACCUCAUUGAUCCAAGUCAACGCUACAUUACAUGAAGAACCUGAAAUGGCUAAGGAUGGAAUCAUCGAUGGCAUUGCCCAGAAAUAUGUCCGCAAUUUGAUAGCGAUUGAUGAGGCUAAUGACAACGGCGAAGUAUUCAGGAUUUACUGUAGUGUCCACUCAAUUUUAAACGUGGAAUUGAAGUGGACAUGUAAGCAGUGUGCCACUGACUUAUUAAAUGGACUUUGUUAUCGUAUGUGCACCGGUGCGUCCCGUUGCUUUGUUGUGUCAGCAUUUGUGGAAGUCAGUGACGGAUAUGAUGUUAUUCUGGCAACGGCGGAUGGUAAACAUCUUAUGUCGAAUUUAAUGCAGUUAAACGAGAAACAACAGAGUGGACUCGAACAACUUGCUUUGGAAUAUGGUGCCAUUAAAUACAAUCAGUUCAAGGGAUGUCGUGUUCAUUCUAAAGAGGCUUCAGGACCAGCAGGGGCAGCUGCAUUUCAAGAAAAGCAAAGGACCUUAUUAAACUGUACCUUAGAUACAAUGUUUGAAAAGGCUAAAACCAUAGGGAAUAAAUGGAUAUAUGGCACGCUGAUGAAGAGUAAGCGGGAUAGGCCAUCCGACCCAAUGCUGGAAAAUCUCCAAGUUGCUGAGGUUCAAGAACAUAAAUUCUAUGAACAUAACAAGAAAAAAAUCAAGGUUCUCGAUAUUAGAAACGCAGAUAGUGUGGCCAAUGCUUACAAUGAAUUGCUAAAAGCUUAA